AAUCUAUGUAUAUACACACGCACAUACAUCCCAAGCAGUGAAAAAGGGGGUUAGGGUUUUAGAGCGGUUCCAUUUCACAAUUUCUUCGUCGAAACGAAAACAAAAGGAAAGAGAAAAAAAAAAAAGGAAAACUGCGAAGAUGUUUCCAGGAAUGUUUAUGCGGAAGCCAGACAAAGCGGCGGCGCUGAAGCAGCUGAAGGGCCACGUCAUGAUGUUCGGAGCUUGGGUGGUGGUGAUUCGGGCUGCCCCUUACGUUCUCCACUACUUCUCCGAUCACAAUGAGGAGCUCAAGCUCGACCUCUGAUUCAUCCUGAUUUCUCCCCUUUAUCUCAGCUGCUAAGCGGAUCUGGAAGGAGUAGAGAGACGCAUGAUGCUUUUCUCAUGUAUUUCUAGUUUCUUCAUUUCUUUACUUUCUGCAAACAAAUACUAGUCAUUACCUGAGAAUAUGCAACCUUCAAAAUUACUUGUGGGAAAUGAGCCCAAGUUUGUUUGCAAAAGAUUUUGGCAGUUAUAUUAAAGAGUGCUUUUAAGUACA